CCAUCCUGCCCAUCAGCGACAUGGUGUCGGCGGCGGCGGCGGCGGCGGCGCCCGGCUCGCCCUUCCCCGAGGUGGUGGAGCUGAACGUGGGCGGGCAGGUGUACGUGACCAAGCACUCCACGCUGCUGAGCGUGCCGGACAGCACCCUGGCCAGCAUGUUCGCGCCGGGCCGCGGCGGCGCGGCGGGCCGGGACCUGCCGAGGGACAGCCGCGCGCGCUUCUUCAUCGACCGCGACGGCUUCCUCUUCAGGUACGUGCUGGAUUACCUGCGCGACAAGCAGCUGGCGCUGCCCGAGCACUUCCCGGAGAAGGAGCGGCUGCUGCGCGAGGCCGAGUACUUCCAGCUGGCCGAGCUGGUCAAGCUGCUGGCGCCCAAGGUGGCCAAGCAGAGCUCGCUCAACGACGAGGGCUGCCAGAGCGACCUGGAGGACAGCGCCUCGCAGGGCAGCGGCGACCCGCGCCAGGCGGCGGCGCGGGACAAGCGCUCCGGCUUCCUCACCGUGGGCUACCGCGGCUCGGCCACGGCGCUGCGGGACAACCAGGCGGACGCCAAGUUCCGGCGCGUGGCCCGCAUCAUGGUGUGCGGCCGCAUCGCGCUGGCCAAGGAGGUCUUCGGCGACACGCUCAACGAGAGCCGCGACCCCGACCGCCCGCCCGACAAGUACACGGCGCGCUUCUACCUCAAGUUCACCUACCUGGAGCAGGCCUUCGACCGCCUCUCCGAGGCCGGCUUCCACAUGGUGGCCUGCAACUCCAGCGGCGCCGCCGCCUUCGUGCCGCACUACCGCGACGACAAGAUCUGGAGCAGCUACACCGAGUACAUCUUCUUCCGACCACCACAGAGAACUGUCUCUCCUAAACAAGAACAUGAGGAAAGGAAGCAUGACAAAGUCACAGACAAAGGAAGUGAAAGUGGGACUUCAUGUAAUGAGUUGUCCACUUCUAGUUGUGACAGCCAUUCAGAGGCUAGCACUCCUCAAGAAAAUGCUGCCAGCAACCAACAGGCUACAGGACACCAACCAAAUACUCUAACUUUGGAUCGCCCAUCAAAGAAGGCCCCUGUGCAGUGGAUGCCACCACCAGACAAACGCAGGAACAGUGAGCUCUUUCAAACUCUCAUUAGCAAAUCCAGAGAAACAAAUCUUUCUAAAAAGAAGGUGUGUGAGAAGCUGAGUGUUGAAGAAGAAAUGAGAAAAUGUAUUCAAGAUUUUAAAAAAAUCCACAUUCCAGAUUACUUUCCAGAGCGCAAACGUCCAUGGCAGUCUGAACUCUUACAAAAAUAUGGGUUAUAGUAAUCACCUCUUUCAUGACGUAUCUCUGGUGCAUUUGAUGUUUAUUAAGUUGCCACUAUCCUACUGAUGUCCUUAUGGUAUAUUCUGCAGUCAGAGUGAUUUCUGCUGCUCAUUUCUUUCUGUGAACAGUGGAUGUUGGAAAGUACGUGAUUUCUUUAAAAAAAACCAUAGAAAUAAAAAGCAAAAGGUAUUGGGUCUAAACCAUUUUAUAAUAGUAAAAUAAAAUGUGCAUGAUCAAGAAAGAGUUCAAAAUAUAAUCACCUUCAUUGUCAUUUUGGAAUUUAUCAGAUACAAACCCAGUCAUCAGAUAACUCUUCAUUUUAUGUCAGCAGUAACAAUGACUCCAACUUGCUACAGAUAAAGAGAGAGCAGAGUUUUAAAUUCGGGUGAACUGGUUUCAGAAUCAAAUCCCAGUAUUCUUUCAAUGUUAAUGCAAUAAAGCAAAUAUCCAUUUUGCAUGAGCACAAUGUUACAAAUAAAUCACACAAGAACAAAAGGUUUGUCUGUUGCUUGGAUAAAUAUUUGUUUAAUGCCAAGCCUAUAAACGUGACAUGUCUAGAGGAUUCAAUUUGCUUUGUUCUGGAUCUGUGAUUUUUUUGUGUGUACAGUGUUCUGUAUGUAAGGAUGGUGUAAAUAUGCCUUAUACUGUUUUAUUAUUGCACAAACAUUCAUCUAUUAGUGCUCGUCAGGACUAUUUCUGUGAAAUGCAAACUUAAUGACAGAUUGUGAAAACUGGUUUGGUGGUCUGAAAGUUUCUGUUAUGUUAUUCAACAAAAUUGGAAAAAAAAGACUUCAAUGUAUUUAUUAAAAUGACCAUCUGGUAGA